AUGUCACAAUUAAUGCUAUGCAAUCUUGCGAAUACUUCAACUGCGGGAAAUGAUACCAACAAUAACGCUAGUAGCAGCAUGGAGGACGACGACUCAUAUCCACUGCCCACUAUUUAUCGGUGUCGUGCUCCUAUAGCGAGUCUUGAUUGUAUGGAAGAGUUCAAUGGUAGUACUGGUGGUGCAGACUCGGGGAUCCAUUGUAGUACGACGCAGCAAGGUACAAAAGAACAACUACUGACGAGUUGCAUAACGUCCCAAAGCCAACGUUCACAACAUCCAUCUCCGGGUAUUCGUUACCGCAACUUGGGUAAAAGCGGUCUUCGUGUUUCUAAUGUUGGGUUAGGUACAUGGACAACAUUUGGCGGGUUGGGUGGAUGCACCAGCGAGGAAACAGCAGAAGCUAUUGUGGCCUUGGCCUAUGACAGUGGUAUCAAUGUGUUCGACCUUAGUGAAGCGCACAGUGGUCAUAGGGCUGAAAUCCAACUUGGUCGUAUUCUCUUACGACGGGGCUGGAACCGCUCCAGCUACAUUGUCACCACUAAAAUCUACUGGAGCACCAAAAGUGAGGGACGAGGUCUAUCCAGGAAACAUAUUAUCGAAACCGUUCAGGCGUCCCUAUCGAGGCUACAAUUGUCGUAUAUCGACAUUGUGAUGAUUCACAAGGUCGAUCCAAUGUGUCCGAUGGAAGAAAUCGUUCGAGCUAUGAAUUAUGUUAUAAAUAGAGGAUGGGUGAUGUAUUGGGGUACGUCAAGAUGGUCACCGGUUGAAAUAAUGGAAGCUUACUCGAAUUGCAGACAGUUUAAUUGCGUUACGCCAAUUGUUGAACAAGCAGAGUAUCAUUUAUUUUAUAGAGAUAAACCAGAACUUUAUAUGCCGGAAUUGUACAACAAAAUUGAUGACAAUCGGCUGGGCCCCCGGGAAGCACUGGGGGCAGUGUGGAUGGAGCUGGAAGUCCUAAAAGCGAAACAGGACAAAGCAAUGAUCAAGAUAAAGAUGCGACCAAUAAGCUAUCAUUUUGUGAAAUACAAUGAAUAG